CAAGACGGUGGCAAAGCGAGUUACGGUCUAGAUUGAAAUCCGCGGCUGCACCAUGCUCUCCAGGUCUAUCUCGUGUCUUUGGAUUACAUUUUGCCUUCAUGUAUGCUGUUAUGUAGACGGCGGGCAAGCUCAGAAUGCGAAGGAAGUGAUUCUGCUGGACUCCAAGGCACAGCAGACAGAACUGGAGUGGAUCUCCUAUCCUCCCAAUGGGUGGGAAGAGAUCAGCGGCUUGGAUGAGAACUACACACCCAUUCGCACAUACCAGGUUUGCCAAGUCAUGGAGCCCAAUCAGAAUAACUGGCUUCGGACUAACUGGAUAGAGAAGGGCAAUGCCCAGAGAAUUUUUGUGGAACUGAAGUUUACCCUGAGGGAUUGUAACAGCCUACCCGGAGUGGUGGGCACUUGCAAGGAGACGUUCAACUUGUAUUACCAGGAAACAGAUUCGGAGGUGGGCAGGAGCUUACGGGAGAACCAGUACGUGAAAAUUGAUACCAUCGCCGCAGAUGAAAGCUUCACUCAGGGCGACCUGGGCGAGAGGAAGAUGAAGCUAAAUACAGAAGUGCGCAUAAUUGGCCCCCUGUCCAGACGGGGCUUCUACCUGGCCUUCCAGGAUGUAGGGGCGUGUAUCGCCCUGGUCUCUGUCAAAGUGUAUUACAAGAAGUGUUGGUCUAUCAUCGAGAACUUGGCCACGUUCCCAGACACCGUGACUGGAUCAGAGUUCUCCUCGCUGGUGGAGGUCGAGGGCAUGUGCGUGAGCGACGCGGAGGAGGAGGCCGACAACUCUCCCAAGAUGCACUGCAGCGCCGAAGGGGAAUGGCUGGUGCCUAUUGGGAAAUGUAUAUGUAAAGCUGGAUUUCAUCAGAAAGGGGACGCAUGUGAACCGUGCGGUCGCGGUUUCUACAAGUCUUCCUCCCAGGACCUUCAGUGCUCUCGCUGUCCGGCGCACAGCUUCAACGACCGUGAGGGCUCCUGGCGCUGCGACUGUGAGGACGGCUACUACAGAGCACUCUCUGACCCUCCGUCUGUGGCCUGCACAAGACCUCCCUCAGCGCCACAGAACCUGGUCUACAACAUCAACCAGACCACAGUUAGCCUGGAGUGGAACCCGCCGGCUGACACGGGCGGCCGCAACGACGUCACCUACAGGGUUAUAUGCCGGCGCUGCAGCUGGGAACCCGAGGAGUGUGUUCCGUGUGGACCAAAUGUGGGAUACUCUCCUGCACAGUCAGGAUUAGUAGACACUUAUGUGACCGUCAUGGAUCUGCUCGCCCACGCCAACUACACUUUUGAGGUGGAGGCUGUCAACGGGGUGUCAGACCUGAGCCGAACGCAGAGGCUGUUUGCUGCGGUUAGCAUCGCUACUGGUCAAGCAGCUCCGUCCCAGGUCAGCGAGGUCAUCAAGGAGAAAGUGCAGCAGCGCAGCAUCCAGCUCUCCUGGCAGGAGCCGCACCAACCCAACGGCGUCAUCACGGAAUACGAAAUCAAAUACUACGAAAAAGAUCAGAAGGACCGGAUCUACUCCACAGUGAGGUCCAAGUCCACAUCAGCCACAGUGAACAACCUGAGGCCCAGCACGGCCUACGUGUUUCAGAUCAGGGCCUUCACAGAGGCAGGAUAUGGCACCUUUGGCCCCAGACUAGAGAUAACCACCAAGGAAGAGGCCACAGCUGCGAUUGUCUCCAGCGAGCAGAACCCCGUCAUCAUCAUCGCGGUUGUGGCCGUGGCGGGGACCAUCAUCCUGGUGUUCAUGGUGUUUGGCUUCAUCAUCGGGAGAAGGCACUGCGGGUACAGCAAAGCCGACCAGGAGGGAGACGAGGAGCUCUACUUUCAGUUUAAAUUUCCAGGCACCAAAACCUACAUUGACCCUGAAACCUACGAGGACCCAAACAGGGCUGUCCAUCAAUUUGCCAAGGAGCUGGACGCCUCCUGCAUUAAAAUUGAGCGGGUUAUUGGAGCAGGAGAGUUCGGGGAGGUGUGCAGCGGCCGGCUGAAGCUGCCUGGAAAGCGAGACGUGUCAGUCGCCAUCAAGACGUUGAAAGUGGGCUACACCGAGAAGCAGAGGCGGGACUUCCUGUGUGAGGCCAGCAUUAUGGGACAGUUUGAUCAUCCUAAUGUUGUUCAUCUGGAGGGAGUCGUGACGAGAGGAAAACCGGUGAUGAUUGUCAUCGAGUACAUGGAGAACGGCUCAUUAGAUGCUUUCCUCAGGAAACACGAUGGUCAGUUCACAGUCAUCCAGUUGGUGGGGAUGCUGCGGGGCAUAGCGGCGGGAAUGAGAUAUCUCUCCGAUAUGGGAUACGUCCAUCGAGAUCUCGCCGCGCGAAACAUCCUUGUCAACAGCAAUCUUGUAUGUAAAGUGUCUGACUUCGGCCUGUCAAGGGUGAUAGACGACGAUCCUGAGGCUGUCUACACAACAACCGGCGGCAAAAUACCUGUCCGAUGGACCGCGCCAGAAGCCAUACAGUAUCGGAAAUUCACCUCUGCAAGUGAUGUGUGGAGUUACGGCAUUGUUAUGUGGGAGGUCAUGUCCUAUGGGGAACGGCCUUACUGGGAUAUGUCCAAUCAAGAUGUAAUAAAGGCGAUAGAGGAGGGCUACCGUCUUCCAGCUCCAAUGGACUGUCCACCAGGCCUGCAUCAGCUAAUGCUGGACUGCUGGCAGAAAGACAGAGCCGAACGACCCAAAUUCGAUCAAAUAGUUGGCAUCCUUGAUAAGAUGAUUCGCAACCCUAACACCUUGAAAACCCCAGUGGGAACAUGUACUAGACCAAUUAGUCCACUGUUAGAUCAGAGCACACCAGACUUCACCGCUUUCCGCUCAGUGGGAGAGUGGCUGGAAGCCAUCAAGAUGGAGCGAUACAGAGACAACUUCACAGCAGCUGGCUACAGUUCCCUGGAAUCUGUAGCCAGGAUGUCAAUCGAGGACGUGAUGAGCUUGGGGAUCACACUGGUGGGCCAUCAGAAAAAGAUCAUGAGCAGCAUACAGACUAUGAGAGCCCAGAUGCUGCAUCUCCACGGCACAGGUGUCCAGGUGUGAUGGACUGCAACGGGCUGCAUCACAAAGGGUGAAAACAAAAACAGAACUCAUCCGGAGCAGUGCCUGGGACCUACCCGGGUUAAUCGUCAAAGUAAAUGGACAUCUGUUAUGUCUGACUCUUUCGGCUGUGUCUGGAGUGAAAGCAUUCCUUUGCUCCUCACUGAAGGAUUGUGGUCCAACUCUUCUAAGGCCACUAAAGAGAGGAAAAGGGCAAAAAAAACAGCAACAAAAGAGAAACUACCUGGACGAGACAACUCCCUUUUUUGUUACUUUGUUUUUUUUUUUUUAUUUAGAAGCGCUUAUGAACUCAACCACAUAUCAAAUGGUGCAUUGGAAAGGAGUUUGAUGCUUACAUUUCUUUAACUUAAUGAAUGAUUUAAAUGCACACCAUGGCUAUGGAUUUCCUUUAAAAAGAACAAAAAAACUUGUCUACCUGCGGUGGUUUCACUUGUUCAUUUUUCUAAUUUUCUUUCUGUCUGCCACAUUGAUAUGUUGUGGCCCAAACAGCAGUUUAAUUUUUCUCUUCUAUUUGGACUUGACAACAGGGUAAACUUUUAUCCAAAUGCAGAGGGAACUCUUUAGCUGCAGUCUCAAAGGUACUUUUUGUGCUGACACAUGCUGACAGUUGAACUGUUUGAACUGUUUGCAGUGACCCGUGUUUUCCUUCAUGUGCUGUUGAAGUGAAAAUGUUGUCCUUACAUGCUUGUUUGCAGCAUACAGGAGUGGAGUUGUGACAUGGUUUCAACCUUUCAAAUUUUUUUAUUAAGGAAUUGAGGAGUGCAGCACUGAGAAGAUUCAGGAGGCUGAACUGUUUUUCGAAUCACCAGACUUUUAUAUCAGAGUAGCAAUAUCCUUUGGCUUAGUGUUCACUACAGCAAAUGCAGAACGGUACCUGGUUAUUGACUAAAAUGUUGCAGCACUGUUGAAAGAUUGUAUUGAAAUUGAAGCCACCGUGAAUUGUUUUGCCAUCUUUUUGCCUAAAAUGUUGCACACAGUGUUUGUUUUGGUGCAUUAUUCAGCUACAAAUACAUUUUUUAAGGGUGGAUCCAAGAAAGGUGUAAAUGUAAUACUGCCUUAAAAUUUGUUAGAUUAAGUAUUGUCACUAUUUUAGGCACUUCAAUGACAAUGCUUUCUGCGGUUUAUUUUAAGGGUGGACAAGCUCCUUAUAUUUUUUUUGUUUUCCUUGUAGUGUGAUGUCUUUUUAUCUAGAACUUGAACUGGUGAAAUCAAGUGCACGGACAUGGUUCAGUGCCACGAGUGACAGAGUCAGCUAAGAAGAGGUGGACUAAACAGAGCAAUAAUUACCAGGUAGAAAUGGUCCUCACCUGAGGUUCUUCAGGUGCUAGGUUUUCUCACAUGUGUGUGCUAUGCCGAGUCAAACCCUUAGGAAAGAUUCAGUCAUCGCCGGAAAGGCAAGGAAUGUACCUCUUUGGAAAGUGCUCGGAAAACUGCCGUGCCAAGUCAUCAGAGAAAUAAUCAUGUCGCAUUUUGCCACUAUGAUAUGCUAAACGUUUGAUGGAAAUCUAACAUGGCGUGGAAAUAUUGAAUUGAGGGGCUGCAGAGAUGAAAGAGGCGCCAUUCCCUUCACACUACAAAGGUGCCGAUUAGCCAUGCUGACAUCAUCUUCUGACACCAACGCACCGCCCAGAAAUCAAAGAGGCCCUUCAGGGUUUGGGUCUGAAAAUGCAGGACCACCGUCCCGGCUCUGUGGGCAGCCAUGCAGCUCCCCUGUUUAUUCAUGUGUCUCUGCCGCUCAUCCCUCACAGGCGUAGAUGUGACGGCACAUGCAUUAAGGUGUCUUUUAGAUUGCUCGUCUUUUCUUCCAUUGGCUUUGGAUGGAGAACAGACACGAGGGGGCUUUGCAAAUGAUGUGCUAAAAGCCAAUCAGCCCAUUCGGUGCCAUCUGUCUCCACCUCAAAUGCAAAAAAGAGAUAAAGUUUCCAUGUCGA